GGAUUCUCAUUUGCAAGCCCAACCCUUUUCAGUAAGGCACUGAAAAUCCAAGACCACCACUAGAGAGCACUAAUCAAGGUCUAUCAUCAGGUAUAUUAAAACAUCGGCCGUAAAUCGGAUCGCUGGCUAUACCUUAUAUUUUUGCCAAGAGCGAUGAAGCUGAUUUUAGCUACAAUCUGUUUCCAAAUUAUCUUUGCCUACUUGGUAAUGGGCCAGAGAGAAUGUGUCCCUGACCCUUGUGAAUCAGCCGAGUGCCCUCGCUUCCUUAAUGCUGAUUGCAGAAUUGAUCCAGAAAAUUGCACUGUCAAGUUUUUUUGGGGAGAAAGAAACGUCUCUGAUCAAUGUGCAGUGCCGACUUGUGACACAAGACAAUGUGGAAAAAGUCGAGACUGCAUAGAGAAUGUUUUUCCACCUAGCUGCCCACAAGACAAUCCGGAAUGCCGACAAUACAUAAAAACCAGGUGCAUGUUGAGACCUCAGUCGAGACCACUAACCUGUAAUGAUGUAAAAUGUGAAGCUGGAAUGACUUGUCACUUUCGAGAACGUGGAGAUAGUUUUCCACCAGUAGUGCGAUGCAUACCUUCUGUACCGAAAGACUGCUCUGAGCUGAAAUGUGACGAUGGGUCCAGGUGUGUUCUGCAAGGUAGAAGGCCAUUCUGUGUUCCCAGUGUCACUACUAGUCCUCCGACUACUACUAAACCUAACGAUUGCUCUGAACUAAACUGCAAGCAAGAUGAGAUGUGCAUUAUAAGUGGCACUACACCAACUUGUGUUCCCUUCACUACCCCUACGCCAGCUCCUGACUGCUCUGAGUUUGAGUGUAAAGAUGAUGAGAUGUGUGUGCUAAGAGAAAUGUCACCAAUUUGCAUACCUGCAACCCCAUUUACGACAGUAACUACACCGACAAGUACAACUCCAAACUUUAAUGUCAUGGCGGAGUCUUGUAGCGAGCUAGAUUGUCUUGCUUUUUUCACAGUAUGUAAUCAAGUCAAUGCAAACUUUGCAGUUUGUGAAGAGCCUACGGAAUGCACGGAUGAGUUCAAUGAGAGGUGCAUGGACAUUCAUCUCGUUUGUGGUGGUACAUCAUUUGAUACUGUAACUUGUGUUGUUCCAUCCAGCUGCAACCAACUCACAUGUAAUGAAGAGCAAAAUUGUAUUGAAUUUACAUCUGGUAACAACAUCAUAGCACAAUGUAUAGAAAAUACAGGUCCUAUGUUCAGCUUGCGUUGUGAAGAUCUCUCAUGUCCAGAAGGUCAGGGUUGCCUAGCCAAUGAUUAUCCUUCACUAAAUCUUAUUUUCGCUUCAUGCAUUGCCAAUGACGUUUUGGAUAGCAUCGCUAUCAGUAUUGAAUUGGCUUCGAGGAUCCCGCAAACAUGCUCCUCUCUUGAAUGUGGAAAUGAGAGUUGUAUUGAUAUACAGAGAAAUGAAAACCAGGUUCUCCAAUCGUGCAUUCCUCAAAAUUGCUUAACUAAUAUGAACUGUUCAGCUGUCUUUGAUCAAUGCGUCUCCCUUACUGAUCUCGACUUAUUAGCUGCUCCUGAGUCAAUUUGCGUACCAACAGUAUUUCAAGCAUUGGUAACCAAUAAAUCAUGCAAAGAAAAUGAAAGAGUUUGUUCAGAGGGCUUGGAGUGCCAAGAUGUAUAUAUAGACGGGAACCUUAUCGGCACAGUUUGUAAUACUCCAGUACCACCACUUGGCAGAACGUGUGACGAAAUUGAGUGUAUAGGUGAAAAUGUAGGUUGUGUAAUAAACGAGAUUCCUAGUAGGCCUGAUUUGGCCCAACUGGCUUCGUGUAUUGACAAUUUCGAUGUAAUAACUACGAGCAUUAUAUCAGGACUUCGUGCUCUUGGCCUGAUUUGAGUGAUCUUCAUGAUCAGGAUUGAUUGAUUUGUGGCAUUGUGGCAUGCUAAUUAUUGUCUAUAGCUAGUUGCAUCUCCCUUGCAUGCAUGGACUAAAUACUAUAAUUACAUACUGAGAUUUUGCUGCCUAGAAA